AAGAAAGGCAAGUUGAAGUGAAUCUGUGGUGCCUCAUAGAUUAACGGAAAACCAAAAACGCGCCACGUAAGCAAAAAAUAGGAUGAAAUGAUGAGCAAGAAGAAGUGGUGUCAAUCAACCUCUUCUUCAAAUUUCUUCUUCAAGUCACAACCUCCUCCUCUCCUUCUUGCUAAUGCUUCAUUCUUCUUCUUUCUCUUUCUCUUUCUCUUUCUCUCUCAUCCUCAUCCAUGGAACUUAACAAAUUCUGUUUCAACCACCACCACCGUUCUCUCCGAUUAACAACUUCUCCUCUUUCUCUUUCUCCUCCUCGCUCUCACUUUCUCGGUUCCAAUCACACUCUUCUUAAACCACCUGUUACUUCAGCUUCAACUUCAUCAAUUCGGUUCCGUAAUAAACGUAGCAAUAGGUUAGGGUUUCUUCGUCUUCAUUCUCCGCGGUUUGUGUUUAAGGCUUCUUUAGGCACUCACUCGCUUAUUGUAGUUGUUGUCGUUGUUACUUUAUCUGCUGUUUCUUUCCUUCAUUUCACUCUCAAUAACAAAAAGAAGAAGAAUCACAAUCAGGGACAUGCAAAAUUUGCAUUAUCACCACAAGGAAGUAAUGCUGGGAACCAGGUUAUUGAUAGACAGAUUCUUGGUUUUCCAGAAUUUCAAAGGGAUAACUCACUGACCGAAAUUGGGAAGUUAAAUGGUCACAUCGGAAAGGACAACCAUGUUUUUGAGGACCAAGAGGCCCCCCUUCAGUUUUUACAAUCUACUAUGGUGCAGGAAACAGCCUUAAAGACUCAGACAUUAGAUUCAUCUUCGUCCGUUCUUGACUCUGGUGUCAAUGGUAACAGUUCCGAGGUAUUAGAGGAGCCUUUUUUAUCUGUGGCUUUCCAAUCAAGUUCAUUGGAACCUAUAGCUUUUGCUGAGGAAAUCACUUUACAAGUUGAAGAAAAUCAAGACGCUGCUGAUUCUGAUCUUGAGUUGCCUUUGGGUACGGUCAAACCUGAGCAUAAUGUUUCUUCUGGUGGUUUAGACAAUGCGCUAGAUACAAUCUAUGAACAUACUAAAGAAAACAUUGACCUUCGAGCCAUCAAAAGUGAUGUCCUUUUUGGUGAAUCUGUUAGGGAUGGGCUGUACAUGUUUUAUGAGGACAAUAAUUCUGCAUCUGGAUCCAUGACAUCCUUGAGUAGUAUCAAGUCAUUUUCUCCCCGUGCUUCUUCUGUGAAUAGCACAGGACUGACAUCAGCUAUAAGAAAUAUCAGCCUAAAUGGAUUAGGAUCAUCUGCCGACAUUUCUCUUCAACAUGCAGAGUACGUUGAAGAAGCAGUUGAAAUUUCCAGUCACAAAGAAGGUCACCCUCCACAACAUUUAAGUCAAAACUUGAGGAAAACCAGCACAUAUCCGAGAGACAGGGAAAGGAACUAUAUGGAUCAUAAUAGUAACAAUGUUUUGCCUCAUAGUUCCCACAUCAGGGCGCAUGUCGAUCAGCAAGAUGAUCAAAUCAGGGUCCACGAUGGUCAGGAAAUUGACCCUUCAGAGGAUCUAAGAAAAUAUAAUAACUUGCUAAAAGUUGGGAGGUUACGUAAAUGCGUAGAAUUGCUUAAGGAUAUGGAAAUGAAGGGUUUAUUAGAUAUGACUAAGGUUUAUCAUGCCAAGUUUUUCAACAUCUGCAAGAAACAAAAAGCUGUUAAAGAAGCUUUUGAUUAUGUUAGGCUUAUUCCAAAUCCAACACUGAGUACAUUUAAUAUGCUUAUGUCAGUGUGUUCAAGCUCCCAAGAUUCAGAAGCGGCUUUCCAAGUUAUGCAGCUUGUUAAGGAUGCUCGACUAGAUCCUGAUUGCAAACUUUAUACCACUCUGAUAUCAACUUGUGGCAAGAGUGGGAAAGUUGAUCUAAUGUUUGAAGUGUUUCACACGAUGGUUAAUUUUGGAGUGGAACCUAACGUUCAUACCUACGGGGCACUUAUUGAUGGUUGUGCUAGAGCUGGUCAAGUAGCUAAAGCAUUUGGUGCUUAUGGGAUUAUGAGGUCAAAGAAUGUGAAGGCAGAUCGUGUUGUUUUCAAUGCACUUAUAGCUGCAUGUGCACAGUCAGGAGCAAUGGCUCGUGCCUUUGAUGUGAUAGGAGAAAUGGAGGCUGAAAUACAGCCUAUUGAGCCAGACCACGUAACUAUUGGUACAUUGAUGAAGGCAUGUGCAAAGGCUGGUCAGGUUGAACGAGCACGUGAAGUGUAUAAGAUGAUACAAAAAUAUAAUAUAAAGGGAUCUUCAGAAGUUUACACAAUUGCAAUUAAUUCUUGUAGUCAAACCGGAGAUUGGGAAUUUGCACGUAAUGUAUACGACGACAUGACCCAGAAAGGGGUGCUCCCUGAUGAGAUGUUUCUGAGUGCACUAAUAGAUGUUGCCGGGCAUGCUAAAAAGCUGGAGGCUGCCUUUGAUAUACUACAAGAAGCCCGGAAAGAAGGAAAACAAAUUGGAAUAAUGGCAUAUAGCUCAUUGAUGGGCGCCUGUAGCAAGGCAAAAAAUUGGCAGAAAGCAUUGGAGCUAUACGAAUAUCUUAAAUCUCUUAAAUUGGUGCGAACAGUUUCAACUGUUAAUGCUUUGCUCACUGCACUUUGUGACGGGGAUCAAUUUCAGAAGGCUUUGGAGGUUUUAUCCGAAAUGAAAGGAUUAGGAUUGCGCCCAAACAGUAUCACAUUCUCAAUACUUAUUGUGGCAAGUGAGAAGAAGGAUGAUAUGGAAGCAGCUCAAAUGCUCCUUUCUCAAGCCAAAAAGGAUGGUGCAUCCCCUACUCUCAUCAUGUGUCGAUGCAUAAUUGGAAUGUGCCUGCGGAGAUUUGAGAAGGCUUGCCUUGCUGGUGAAUCUGUUAUAUCUUUUGACUCAGGACGGCCACAAGUUAAUAAUGAAUGGACAUCACUGGCUUUAAUGGUGUAUCGUGAAACAAUCGGAGCUGGUGAAAAGCCUACAAGUGAAAUAUUGUCACAAAUUCUGGGAUGCAUGAAAUUCCCUUAUGAUACAUAUGUGAAAAAUAGACUUGUUGAGAACCUGGGAGUAAGUGUUGAAAACUCAAGAAUGGAAAACCUCUGUUCAUUGAUAGAUGGAUUUGGCGAAUAUGAUCCUCGUGUUUUUUCAAUACUUGAGGAAGCUGCUUCAUACGGAGUUGUUCCAUCUGUAUCAUUUAAAAUGAAUCCUAUUGUUAUUGAUGCUAAAGAAUUGGAUGCUCUUACUGCUGAGGUAUACCUCUUAACUAUUUUGAAAGGUCUCAAGCAUCGACUAGCAGCAGGUGCAAAACUACCCAAUAUAAUCAUUUUAUUGCCUGUAGAAGAAGCAAAAGUUUCAUCUCCCGAUGGGGAAAAGACUAUUAUACUUGCAGAAAGAGGUGGCCAAGCAGUUGCAGCGUUGUUUAGGAGGCUUCAUAUUCCUUACCAGGGUAAUGAAUCAAAUGGGAAACUUCGAUUAAAUUAUCUGGGCCUGGUAAAGUGGUUUCAGCCAAAGAUUGCGUCUCCAUUCAUCAGUUUACAAGGUGACUGGAGCUCAUCCCAAUCACGACUCCGCAAAAAUAUUAGCAAUCAGCAGCGAAACAUUCGAACUGGCAAUCUAUCUUUGGACUAAAUGUACAUGCAUCCAUUACUAUAGUUAAUGUUUUUUCAAUAGAAGUUGAAAUCUCCUUCAUCCUAAUGGAGUAAUGGUAUAGUAGAAGAGUAAUCUAGACCCAGGAAUGCUUGUAGAUAAUGCCUUCUUGAGUGCCGAGGCCAUUGAAUGCUAAGAGCAGGGAAAGUGUAGGACAUCUCAUGAAGUACAUUUUGAUGAAAGAACCAUGGUUGAAUAUAAGAUGGCACAUAUCUCGUUCUUGUGAUUACUGUGGCCUUUGCAAUGCGGAUUAUAUAAAUGUUUGAUGAUAGAGAUGCUGAUACCGGAUGUAUGCGUAUAUUUCUACCUGUAUUUUCCUGUAUUUUUUGCCGGAACUCUCUAGGUGUAUACUAAAAAGUAGGCAUAUAAAGAAAAUAUGUAUAUCAGAUGAUUUUGGUAUUGAUAUUUGUAAGUUGUUCCAUUGUAUAUGUACUAUCAGCCAAUUUGAGACUGAUUUGUUCGUUUACA